AAUAGGAUGGUAUUGCUGCAUACACUGUUGUUGGACGCAGUAUUGUGAUAUUAGCAACAUGUCGGCCAUCGCAGCAGCUGCAAAGCCUUUACACGUCUCCCCUUUAAUUAAAGUUACCAGAUGGAGUCUAUUAUUGCUUGGUGUUGUUUAUGGAACAAUUCAUCAGAAAAGGUUUGAGAAGAAAGAAGCAAUUCUUCGUGAAGAAGAACUUAGAUUGAAACCUAUCAGAGAUGCUAAACUGGCAGAAGAAAGAAAGAUUCAACAAGAAGCUGAACGACAGAUGAUAUUAGAUUGGGAAGGAAAAAAAUAAAAAGAAAUCACAUCAUUGUUAGUACACAUGUGUAUCAUCAAUAAAUUAAUAUCAAUUAUUUUCUAAACAGAAAGUGAAAUAUGUAAGCUUUUCUUUAAAAUCUACAGUAGAUGUCAAACAUACAUUUUUCUUUGUAUAUGUAUAUUAAAUAAAGUGAUUUAUGAUAUACUAAGUUAUAUAAUA